AUGGCAUCAUCAGAAAAUCGGAGCUCAGAUAUCAGGAAAGACACUGUCAAUAACCGAUGGGUCAUCUUCUCUCCCGCCAGAGCUCGUCGUCCUUCCGAUUUCAAAUCCAAAUCUAACCCUAACCCUAACCCUAACCCUAAACCUAACCAAUCUGAAUGCCCAUUUUGCAUCGGCCACGAGCACGAAUGCGCCCCCGAGAUCUUCCGCUUCCCUUCCGAUUCCACCUCCAAUUGGAAACUCAAAGUAAUCCAAAACCUCUACCCAGCUCUCUCCAAAGACAUCCAACUCUCCUCUCUUCCCCAAAACCCAACUCCUACUCCUACUCUCAAUGGGUUUGGUUUUCACGACGUGGUCAUUGAAUCCCCACUUCACUCUCUUCACUUGUCCGAUCUCAGCCCGGUCCACGUCGGUGAUGUCUUGUUGGCUUACAAGAAGAUGAUGUUUGAUGAUGAUUUGAUGAUGAUGCUGAUUUUUGACGAUGUUAUGAUGAUGGUAAAUUUUUUUAAAAUGAAUCUGAUGUUCUGA